AUGGAUUCCCCCUCGCACCCGUUGACUGAUCGCUCGACCAACACGCAUCUGCCGGUCCAGUCCGACAAGGCCCACGAUCUCAAGACGGGACCGGCCAACGUGAAUUCGAUGGAAUAUCACCGUCAGGUGCUGCAGGGUAAGCUGGAGAGCGGCGAGAAACAACCGGCCAACUACGUGUCACCCUCGGACGACAUCAUGAGUCCAUGCUCCAAGAAACUGAGCGACCUGAAGGGCAAGCGAUUCAAAAAUGCCGGGAAACCCCAGUCGCUCUUUGCCAAGUUGGGCAAGAAGAACUUUGAACAGUCAACCGCGGAACAGGGCCCUCCAACCUCGAACAGCAAGGAUGUGGCGCAGUCGUGA